CGCCGAGCCCCUGGAGCCCAGGGCCCCGCGCCUGCGUGACAGUGCGCCUGGCCCCUCUCGCCAAGCUUGUCUCCCACCAGAGAAGUCCCCGGGGGGUGCUCCGCACCUCUCCCAAUACCUGGACCCUUCCCAAAGCCUCAGCCGGGCGGCCCUGGGGCCUGGGGCCCCGAGGCUCAUCUCCCCGGCCCAGGCCAGGGUCGAGGACCUAAGGGCCUUCCCAGCGGGGCUGGGGCUCGGCCAGGGAGAACCAGAGCUUCGGAGCCCUUUGCCAGGAGGUUUGCCCGCACAGCUGAAGGUGCAAGUGGGUGCAGUGAAACAGCUACAGUUUUCCGGGAGCAGAGGGUUCGCAGCCCCGCAAGCCCCAGCCCACACGUUUCUCCUCCUUGCCGCCUCGGGUCGGGGAAGCCGCAGGUCGGCCUCGGGCACAGCGACCUGCCCUUCUUUGCCUGGGGACCGGCAGCACCCGAGCCGGGAUGUGGGACGCGAGUUCUUUGGUGGCUGCUUUCAUUAGCAGAGCCCAUGGAGGGCCUGGGAUCAUCUUGAACCCCCCAAAGCUGGUGUAGAUUUGCAAAAAUGAAUGUUUGCACUUAGGGCCUGGGUAGACCCGCGCAGGGCAAAACCAAUCCUGAAUUCUAAGCACGCGGGGGUGUUGUGGGGGCAAGUGCGACCAAGACCUCGGUUCGCAAAGGUUUUGGCUUCAGUCUGAGAAAAGAGGGCCUUUCUGGAUCUCGCCACCUCCACCCCUGGGAAUUCAGGCAGACCGGCCAUCUACCCCAGGGCCAGGAUCCUUCCGACAGGCCUAGGCUUUGACAGCUGGUUACUAAUUAUCCAAGGAGCUAAGCGGUUCCCUAAGACCUCACUUUGCUCCGGGGCCACUUGGCUUUAGGAAGGAAGGAGCCCCUCGCGUGGCCUCUUUCGCAAGCGCCACGGUUUCAAGGCUUUAGGGGCGAGGACUGAGCCUCCGCCCGCGAUGGCAGUUUAAGUGAGGACCCUUGGAGGGCUGCCAAAAUGAUCAAGGGUUACAUGCAGCAACACAACAUCCCCCAGAGGGAGGUGGUCGAUGUCACCGGCCUGAACCAGUCGCACCUUUCCCAGCAUCUCAACAAGGGCACUCCAAUGAAGACCCAGAAACGCGCUGCCCUGUACACCUGGUAUGUCAGAAAGCAACGGGAGAUCCUUCGACAAUUCAACCAGACAGUCCAGAGUUCUGGGAAUAUGACAGACAAAAGCAGUCAGGAUCAGCUGCUGUUUUUCUUUCCAGAGUUCAGUCAACAGAGCCAGGGGCCUGGGCAGUCCGAUGAUGCCUGCUCUGAGCCCACCAACAAGAAGAUGCGCCGAAACCGGUUCAAAUGGGGGCCCGCGUCCCAGCAAAUCUUGUACCAGGCCUACGACCGGCAAAAGAACCCCAGCAAGGAAGAGAGAGAGGCCUUAGUGGAGGAAUGCAACAGGGCAGAAUGUUUGCAACGAGGCGUGUCCCCCUCCAAAGCCCAUGGCCUGGGCUCCAACUUGGUCACUGAGGUCCGUGUCUACAACUGGUUUGCAAACCGCAGGAAGGAGGAGGCAUUCCGGCAGAAGCUGGCCAUGGACGCCUAUAGCUCCAACCAGACGCACAACCUGAACCCCCUGCUCUCCCACGGCUCCCCCCACCACCAGCCCAGUGCCUCUCCUCCAAACAAGCUGGCAGGAGUGCGCUACAGCCAGCAGGGAAACAAUGAGGUCACUUCCUCCUCAACAAUCAGUCACCAUGGCAACAGCGCCAUGGUGACCAGCCCAUCAGUUUUACAGCAAGUCUCCCCAGCUAGCCUGGACCCAGGCCACAAUCUCCUCUCACCUGAUGUUAAAAUGCAGAUCUCAGUCUCGGGAGGAGGUUUGCCCCCCGUCAGCACCUUGACGAACAUCCACAGCCUCUCCCACCAUAAUCCCCAGCAAUCUCAAAACCUCAUCAUGACCCCGCUGUCUGGAGUCAUGGCCAUUGCACAAAGCCUCAACACCUCCCAAGCACAGAGCGUCCCUGUUAUCAACAGCGUGGCCAGCAGCCUGGCAGCCCUGCAGCCCGUCCAGUUCUCCCAACAGCUGCACAGCCCUCACCAGCAGCCCCUCAUGCAGCAGAGCCCGGGCAGCCACAUGGGCCAGCAGCCCUUCAUGGCCACUGUAACUCAGCUACAGAACUCACACAUGUAUGCACACAAGCAGGAACCCCCCCAGUAUUCCCACACCUCCCGGUUUCCAUCUGCAAUGGUGGUCACAGAUACCAGCAGCAUCAGUACACUCACCAACAUGUCCUCCAGUAAACAGGAAAUGAUCUCUUCAUCAAAAUACUUCAAGAUGCUCCUGAGAUGCUGCACCAGCCCCCAAGUGCACUGGUCUCCUCUCCACUGGACAGAGUGGCCAGUUGACCUUGAAACUGCAUGAGUGGCUCUCUAGAACUACUAUAAAGCUGUCUCCCUGUCCCUGGACAUUUCUGGAGUCUGGCAAAUAGGCUCACUUCUGUGCCAAUGAGGAUAAUUGGCUUAGGACCAAAAAAAUACCCAUAUAGCACUUUACAAUUUUUACUUCUCAUGGACAUCAUCUGAUUAUUUUCUUUCUACUGCAAUCUCCUAAGUACAAAGAAAUAAACUGGAGCUCAGAGAUGAAAAGUGACAUGCCCAGGUUCACACAGAUGAUACAUUCUAGAGCUGGACCUUCAGACUUUGGUCUUUGACGCCAACCCAUAAGAACUGUUUGCUUUUUUUCAACUGUUUGUUUACCUUCCAAUACCCAUCUUUAAAAUUCCCAUGGUAGUUGCCACUACUCUUGUCUUAAUGGUCAGUAACAAGAGCAGAAAUUAAGCCCACAUGCUCUAUUCCGAUCAGGAAACUUUCUUCUUGCAAGCUGAAGAAGGAAUGAGAAAGGCAGAAUGAAGUAAAGGGAGGUAAAGGUGCCCCCUCCUGACAGCAGAAGGUAUCCACAGCCAAGAAAAUUUAUACACACUUUCUUAAGGCACAGGGUUAGAAGUGGGUUCUGAAAGAGACUCAGUAGCAAUCUUGCCUUUUAUUUUGUUUUGUUUUAAAGUAUUAUUUUGCAAAAAGGAUUUCAAAACCAUCGCUAGGUAUCAGGGGCAGAUGGGUGAGGGAAGAGGAUUUCUUGGUCAAAUAUGUUGGGGGAACUGCUGGAUUAGACAAAGCUAAGACAGCACCAGGCAGCGCUUCUCAGAACAUUUCUCUCUGAAGUACGCACUGAACCGAGCAAGCAGAGUGCACCAUGCUCUGGUCAAAAGGACAAGUCCUCAUUUAGGGGCGUUGCUCAGUGCUAGGAAAAGCCAACAGACCUGAGCUAAUCCCACCUCCAUACCCAUACCAUCAGCCCCUGGUAUGUGACCUUGGGCACACUGCGAGACUCAGUUUCUUCAUCUAUAAAUGGGGAAAAUCCCAUCCCCAUCUCACAAAAUAUUCUAACAGAGUGUCUGGGACAUAGGUCAAGUAUUCAAAGUGGUAGCUCCUUCCCCGAUCCCUCUUCUGCCUGGUUCUUUAGCAGAAGGUUGUCUCCCCUUCUUGUGACUCCUUCAAUAUUUAACUUGGUGCUUGGUCUCCAGGGGGUCUCACUGUUGCUCAAGCUGGUCUCAAACUCCUGACCUCAAGUGAUCCUCCCCCAUAAGCCUCCCAGUGUGCUAGGAUUACCGGCAUGAGCCACCAGGCCCGGCCUUCAAUAUCCAUUUUUAAACACCUAUAAUAAUGAUCUAAGGUUAUACAGGUAUAAGCCUUUAGCCAGGAUUUGAACUUUCAUCUGUCUGAUCCCAGUACUUCCUGUUGUCAAGACAGACAUGCUCCAGGGGCCUUGGGGACCACACGUCAGGCUUCUGGAGCUACUGCCAUCUCUCCUUUGCAAAACAUAUCCCUCCCCAACUGCCUCAACUCUUGGGUACUAGCAAUUUAUCCUCUGAGUAGGUUUAUGCCUGAAUUCAACAAUUCAGUCUGGGCAGUCUGGAAACAAGACCACAGCAAGCACCAACCUCAAUUAGAACAAGUACGGGCAGGCUGUGAACUGACUCCUGUUUCCACAACAUUCUCUACCAGCUGUUUAACUUCCUAGUUUAUAGUGAGGUCAAGAGGGGGCUCCUAGAGCACUCACUAGUCACGGGUGUUGACAAGAAGGAGGUGGGCAGCCUUGUCAUAAGUCCCCUGCAGCUGAUCCCCCCCACACACCUUCUUGUACUGGGUGAUGAGACAGAAUGGUUUGAUGGCAAGGAGGACCAACCUGGGAGUUAGGCAGAGCUGGGCUCCGGAUUCUACACUUUUUAAUUAAGUGACCUCAGGGAAAUGUCUUAGCUUCUCUGAGCCUCAGUUUGCUCAGCUAUAAAAUAAGGAUACUAAUACGUCUUUUCAUGGGAUCAAUGAAAGAACUAACUGCAAGAAGACUUAUAAAAACACUUUGCUCGGUGCUUGGCUCAAAGGAAACACCCAGUCCCUGAAACUGGGUUGUAUUUAGCUUUCCCUGCUGGCAAGCCUGAAAGUCUCUAGAAUUUGGGGGAAAUGGCAAAGGGCAUUUAAUUCCCUCUAGGAAGUGAGGAAGGUGAAGGUGAUGAGUUGUUUCCUUUUUUCCCAGAGACAGGGUCUCACUCACUGUUGCUCAGACUGGAGCAGAGUGGCAUGAUCAUAGCUCACUACAGCCUCCAACCCCUGGGCAUAAGCCAUCCUCCUACCUCAGCCUCCUGAGUAGCUUGAACUACAGGUGUUCAUCACUUCACCUGGCUCAUCUCUUCUCUCCCCUCCCAUCCCCUUCCCUCGGACAGACAUGCUCCAGGGGCCUUGGGGACCACACGUCAGGCUUCUGGACCUACUGCCCUCUCUCCUUUGCAAAACAUAUCCCUCCCCAACCUCCUCAACUCUUGGGUACUCUCUCUUUCUUUCUUUCCUUCCUUCCUUCUUUCCUCCCUCCCUCCCUUCCUUCUCUCUUUCCCUUCCCUUUCCUUCUUCCUUCCUUCCUUUUUUCCUUCCUCUCUUUCUGUCUUUCUUUUUCUGUAUUUCUUGCUUUGCUUUCCCUCCCUCCCUCCCUCCCUCCCCUCCUU